AGGAGAUUGGCACCAGUUGGCUCAGGGCUAAUCUUCCUCAAAAAAAACACAAGAAUUUUCAGUAGGUUAUAGGGUAUAGGGUUUUUUAAAAGGAGCAAAUGUAUAAAAGCAUAUACAAUAAAAAAAUCUAUCCUUCUGGCCCAGUGUUCUCUUCCAGUUCUCCCUGAGGACAAUUGUUAAUCAGUUUCCUGUAUAUCCUUCCAGAAAUAUUUUAUGUGGAUAUUGUAUAUAUCCAAUUUUUAAAAAAGUGAUACAUACUGUUGUAUCUUGUUCAGCAUCUUGCUUUCAUUUUUUUAAAUUUGGGAUUAUGUAAUAUUGCAAAGAAACGUAGAAAAUGACACCCCCCAGUAGCCCACUACACAGACUUAACAAAUGUUAGUUAACCUUUUGCGCUGGCAUCUCAUUUAGGACUGUCUUGGGGAAGCCCCAUGUCAGUGCAGCUCCAUACAGAAGAGUCCAGUUAUUGACUAUAUGCAUACACCAUUCUUUAUUUGGCCUGCUCCCAGCUUUUGGAUAUUUAGGGUAUUAUUGAUUUUUUUUUUGCUUAAAUUAUCGAUGUGGAGGUAAUACCCCACUUUGUAUAAUGUCUGCCCAAGGAGGCAUCAAGGCAAAGAGGAACGAAGCUCGGCUUUGGCUUGGGUUCAAAUACCUGCUCAGCCAGACUUCCUAGCCGUGUGACCUGGGGUGAGUGACGCCCCUCUUGAUCCUCUUUACCCAUCUGUAAAAUGGGCAGGCUGUAGGAAUCCCUCCUUCUCAUAGCUGCUGGGGGGAGUACAGUAGAAAACUAAAGACUUUAUGGGGCGUAGUUCCCCAGUCCCCCGAGGCAGUGCUCUCUGCGGGACACCAAACUCCAAGGCCGGCCAGGCAACUGAGGCGGCGGGAGCGCCGGACUGCCGCAGCUCACGCUUCAAGCUGCUCCCCGCCCCUUUCCCUGGCCACGCUGGGGGCGGGGCGGUUAAGUGACUCUGUGACGUCACCCCGCGCAGCACCAAUCCCCCUGCCAGGCAGGCGUUAACUCGUUUGCAUGGGUUGCCCGCUAUUGGUCCGUUGGGCAAUCCAGGCCGUCCCAGCUUUUUAAAGCCGCCGCGUAGUAUAAACAAGGAGAUGCGGAGCGGCCAGGGCAUGAUGUCAUCGCGGCGCUGUAGCUCCUGGGGCUGACGUCAUCUCCGGGGAGGUUGCCGGCCCAGGCUGUUAGAGCCUGCCUAACCACUCGGGGCUUAAGAGGCCGCCCCUGCCGUGUCGAAGGUCAGCCCCAUUGCACUUCAGUGUCCCAGGCUGCGCCCCGUCCUCGAGGAGGGGACCGAGACACAGGUUGUGAGCCCCGGCCCAGCCCCUCCACCCUUCUGCCACCCCUGAUGCGACCAUGGGCCCUGGCAGUGACUAGGUGGCCGCCCUCUGCCCCUGCGGGUCAGUGGCGAUUCUCUGCAGGAGCCAGCAGCACCCCGGGCCAGCUCCGGGGAAGCCCCGGCCGCGAGGGCCCCCUGGCCGGCCCGCCUGCCCAGGAUGAGCGCUUACCCUCCCAGCAGCCGCUGCCCCGGCCACCGCACCUCCCCGUAGAGGAGCGCCGCGCCUCGGCUCCUGCCGGCGGGAGCCCACGGAUGCUGCACCCGGCCUCCCAGCAAAGCCCGUUCAUGGUUGACCUCCACGAGCAGGUGCACCAGGGACCUGUCCCUCUGUCCUACACAGUCACCACAGUGACGACCCAAGGCUUCCCCUUGCCUACAAGCCAACACAUCCCUGGCUGCAGUGCUCAGCAGCUCCCAGCAUGCUCCGUGAUGUUCAGUGGGCAGCACUACCCCCUCUGCUGCCUCCCACCCCCGCUGAUCCAGGCGUGUACCAUGCAGCAGCUCCCCGUGCCCUAUCAGGCCUACCCUCACCUCAUCUCCAGUGACCACUACGUCCUGCACCCCCCCCCACCAGCCCCACACCCCCAGCCCGCCCACGUGGCGCCUCUUGGGCAGUUUGUGUCGCUGCAGACCCAGCACCCGCGUAUGCCCCUGCAGCGGCUCGACAAUGACGUGGACCUGCGGGGGGACCAGCACCCCCUGGGGAGCUUCACCUACUCCACCUCUGCCCCGGGCCCGGCCCUGUCCCCGUCCGUGCCUCUUCACUACCUGCCCCAUGACCCACUGCACCAGGAGCUGUCCUUCGGCAUGCCGUAUUCCCACAUGAUGCCGCGGAGACUGGGCACCCAGAGAUACCGCCUGCAACAGCCGCUGCCCCCGCCACCCCCGCCGCCGCCCCCACCCCCGUAUUACCCCAGCUUCCUGCCCUACUUCCUCUCGAUGCUGCCAAUGUCACCAACAGCAGUGGGGCCCACCAUCAGCCUGGAUCUUGACGUGGAUGACGUGGAGAUGGAGAACUAUGAGGCCCUUCUGAACCUGGCGGAGCGGCUGGGAGACGCCAAGCCCCGAGGUCUCACCAAAGCGGACAUCGAGCAGCUUCCGUCGUACCGCUUCAACCCAGACAGCCAUCAGUCGGAGCAGACGCUGUGUGUCGUCUGCUUCAGCGACUUCGAGGCGCGGCAGCUGCUCCGAGUGCUCCCCUGCAACCACGAGUUCCACACCAAGUGUGUCGACAAGUGGUUGAAGGCCAACCGGACGUGUCCCAUUUGCCGGGCUGACGCCUCCGAGGUGCCCAGGGAGGCUGAGUGAGGCGCACCGCUGCCCAGGAGAGCCCUGCCUGAAGCUCUGGAAACUCGCGGGGACCCAGGGAGGACGGGGAGGGAGUGGCCCUGGCCUGCCCCGUCUCCUGCCUGCCUCUCCAGAGCUGGUGCCAGGCUCAGCCCCGAGAGAAGCCCCUGCAAUAAGCCCCUGCGUUUGCCAAGCUCCAAAGACUCCUCUCCCAAUCUGCCUGCCAGUCCACCCGCCACGGAGCCACCUGCGUGUCCCUGACUUGGUCUCCCUCCUGUUUGCCCAUGGGUCUGUCUCCUUUCUUGCCCGUGCUGGGAGCCAGGGGUCCAUUUCCCCAGUGCGGCUGGUGGAGAUCUUUGGCCCCAGGAUGGGCAAAGGGAGCACCAUCCUGGGGUGGCCUGGUCUCUUGCACUGAAAUGGUGUGCCCUCUGCCCAGGUGGCACUGACAGGCGCAUGGACAGACGGUGGCAUGAGGCCAUUGCCUGAGCCCCAGGCCUGGGUCCUCCUGCCUUGACACCCCCCACACACAGACUCAGGCAGCCAGCCCCGCCCAGGCUGCUGUGAGUGGUGGGUCUGGCUCCCUAGGGGACCCUCACCCCAGGCACAACAUUCCAGCCCCACCCCCAGGCUGGAGGGUGUCAGAGCCAGCCUCCUCAGCAGAUGGGAGUCAGGCCCUGAGCUGGGGGGCAUGCAUCUUGAGGGCCUGGGCUACGUUUGGGAAAGCGACCUGUGUUCCUGUGGCUGCCCCUUCCUGGCAGUGACAGGGCCAGACCCACGCCCGAUCUCCCCCUCUGUCUUUUUGCAUGAAUGUGAGGAACAGCAGUUUUUGUUUAUUCAUUUGGCCCAAAAUCGCGUGUAGGAUUUGGGGGUGUGGAUUUUUAAACAAUUUGUUUUCUUUUGGUUUAAAUGGGGGGUAUAGGGACCAACCAGGACCAAAUGCCCAGGGGGCAGGGAAUGGUCCGGUGGAGCCGCCUGGUCCGCAUGCAUGUGCACGGCUGGGGUGGGCCGGCGGCUGGUGGUCAUGGGCGGGGUUGGGGUCUGUGCUCAGCUGAUAACUGCCAUGCACUGCACUGCACACGUCCCCAGAGCCUCCCGGGACCGGACGCUUUUCAGGGCAUUUCUCCUCCAGCCAGGGCCCGGCUCCCACCUGCCUGGGUGAGUCUCCUCCAAGGGAGUCCUGGGGGGACAGGGACCAGGGCGGGCAUGGACCCCACCUCCAGGGGCCUCCUCCCAGCCUGAGCCCUGCUCUCCGAGGUCAGGAGGAGCCCCCUUGUAGGGUCUGGCUGAGCUCCCACUCUCUCCCUCGUGGUCCCAUUCCUUUCCUUCCUUACCCCCAGCUGGGGUUGCUGCCCUGAACGAACUGCGUGUGGGGCCGGCACAUCCUAGCAGGUAGCCCCUGGCGCCUGCUGCCUCAGGGAUGCUCCAACCACCCUCGUUCUCCCCUCAGCGCCCUGGCUCCUGCCUCCCCCGCCUGCCAUGGGGCCCCAUCAGCCUGGCCCCACCCCAUGGAGAACCCAAAGUCUUACUGUAUAUAACUCCAGGUGACCUUUCUAUAUUUAUAGCAGUGUUGAAACCCCACGUGUUUUACACAGAGAACUACCCUCUCCAACCCUCCUCCCUUCCCCACCCCAACAAAAGGUUUUCAAAACGCUCCCGGUUCCUGGGGCAGGCAGGGACAGGCUCGCGGGCUGUGUGUCGGCUGCGGUGAUGAUUCCAACGAGCAGCUAUCCGGGGGGAAAUACAUUUAAAAAAUAAUUUAAAAAAAGAUUUAUGAAACAAUUACUUAGAAUGUUUGUGAUUUGCCGACCUUGCUAUAGAUGCCAUGUUACCAAUGAUUUCCUGUGGUGGGGGCUUGUCAUUGUUUACUCUUCUUUGCCAACUUCUGGCCUAGGCAUGACAGUGGGCACCAUCCCCCAGCCCCGGCUGGGCCCAGCACCUGUGUUCUGUGUUAGAAAGGUUCUUUAUAUAUAUAUACUUACAUAUAUAUAUAUAAAUAUAUGUAAUUUGGGGGCCCUGUUCCUUGCACAUUUUACAGUUACCUCAUUUUUCCCAUGUAUGUAUUUGAGAAAAUGCUAAUAUAUAGAGAAAAAAAUGGUUCUUAAAGCUUAAAUGUGUGGUUUUUUCCAUUCCAUUGGAUUCACAUUGGUUUGUAGCAUUUAACAUAACUAGUAUGUUUUAUUAUAUAUAUGUGUAUACUGAUUGAAAUUUUUAACAGAUUUGUACUUUUUUUAAAAUGAAAGUUGCUAGUUCUGCUUGACCAAGUAGUGCAAUCAUUAUUUUUUUUAAUAUUGUUGCUGAUUUCAGAGGGAUAUUCACUAAUAAACGUAUGAUGUAUACCAA